UCAGUUAAACAUGCGCAACUUUUUAUCAGCGAUUUAUUAUCAGACGCGGUUAUAUAACCGACCGGUACUCCUUCUCCCUCACACGCGCGUCUUGCGAGCGAGAUGCGUUCGGACUCGAGUGAGACGCAGCAUGUUGCAUUAAAUUUCGAUCCUAUUCUGUAAUAUGUUUUGUCCAAUCGCGUCGGAUCUUCGCGUGUUCCGGUUCUUUGUCAUCAAUGGGUCGCCGGGCGAGUCCAUUUCGAGUGCCUCUUAUAGUUCUUUUACGAGAUAUCCUAGUCGAAUGUGGAAAGAGGAAAAGCUGCGGCGGCCUCCGCAUGUAAUAAACCGACCGCUCGAUAACGCAUUCGCGUCGGAAGCGAAGUAUUUAGCGCGAUAGUCUUUAGGCCCUUUCGGCAUUAAUGAGUCGUGCCCACUUCAGCUGACUGCGUCGUACGCGAAGCUACUCUACCUACUCCAGUAGUAGUUCGGCGUUCGAGCCAGGCGGUCGGGUUGCGCGCGUACCCGUGCAAAGCGGAUAUGUCGUUGAUGGUUAAAAUGUUUAUAGAACGUUUCCCAUAGGCGUGACGGUAUUUCGUUGGCUUCGAAGAAGUGAAGUCGUGAAGUGCUCUGCAGAGGCAGUGACGCGUCGAGCCGGCGAGCGACUGUAGCGAGUGCGGGACAAGGCCCGAGGCUCAAUAAUGCUCAAAUUUCUGACCCACAAGUUGCGAACGCAUUCGUUGAAUGAGGAGAACGUUUCCGAGAAGGUCGAGGAGCGGGACUCCGGCACUGAAUCGGACGACGAGGCCGAUCGCGGCGACACCGGUGAUUUUUGUACCGACGUCAUCAUGAAGUGGAACGAUGUAACAGAUAUCAGUAUGGGCGGAGAGGCAUGUGCGUGCGCGCCGACGCCUCGCGCGCUGCCAGAACCCGAGCCAGAUCAGCUCUACGAUCACCACUCUUCAGAAGAAGAGCUAGAGGUCAUAAACGGGGCGCCGUGCGGAGCGACGACGGAGUCGCGGCGGCGCGGCGCGUCCUCGCCGCCGCCCGCGGCGCCCGAGAAGCGCAAGUGGCCCGCGCAGCCCUACGACGCGGACGAGCCCGCUCGCGCGCCCAGCUCCGACGACGAUGACACUAAGGUAGAGACGCCAGUCAGGUUCCGCACGUCACCGCCGCUGGAGGCGCUGAAGCCGCGGCGCGCAGGCGCGGGCGCGGGAUGCGCGUGUGCGGCGCGCGCGCCCGGCUCGCCGCGGCGACGCCGGGCCGCGCUGCCGCCGCCCCGCAGGCACCGCCCCGCGCUAGACUUUGAUAAGAUGCAGCAGCUUAAGGUGGGCGGCGUGCGCUCGUGGCGCGGCGUGGGCUCGCACGCGCAUGCUCACGCGCAUGGCGGCGAGCUUUCCGUCUUCUGCUGGUGAUAGCGCGCAGUGAGUCGUGCUCCCUGUGCGUCGCGUCCCCGGGCGCGCGGCGGCGGCUCCGAGCCGCUCCCCCGCGAGCGGGCCCUAGAUAUCCCAGCACCGUUCCAUAUCAUUGAUAACUGUACACGACAUUUUGAUCUUUUUAUUGCUGACGUUCCUUUUGCACUCAAUAAUGAUACAGUACAAAAUAACGAAAGACUUUAAUAUUGUAACGCUUGUACUAGACGGGCGGGGCGGAUCCGACGCGGCCGCGGGUGGAGCUGGCGCUCGUCGUUUGGGUGCGGGCGAAGUUAUUUUCUAUUUCUUUACGUAUAUCACUCAAGUUUCACCUAUCGUUAUUUCGCAUCGCACGUUUCGACUAAUCCGUUUUCCCUACAGUUUUGGGGGUAGAGGUGUUUACAUUUCAAGUUGUGCCGUUUUAAGUCCUAAAUAAUCUUAUUUCUCAAAGAGAAAUCACACAAUGCUUCCUGUGGCAUGCUUUGGUCGGUGUAGAUACAUGAUGUUAGAAUAUAUGUGUUAGGGCAUUGAAGUUUAAGUUGAUGAUAGUGAGAGUAAUAUCCUAAUAUCAUCUUAACUUGGUGUAUUUGUGUAGGGUCGUGCGCGUCGCGUCGGAUCCUGUGGCGCCUCUUACAGAUAUAUCGUACGACCGUCACAUUAAGUAGUAUUUUUGAGAUAUUUACUGUUUUUGAACGUUGUGUUGACACUGUUACAAUGAUUUGAACGUUUGUAUUAGACGCGGUGACGUUAUAAAAUAAUAUGUGGGUCACAUUUCUGAUCAAUGUGUUACAAUACAUACCUACACGACUCGUAUUAUUUGUACCCGUAGUUACAUUACGUGUUAGAUGUUAACCUUUAUUUCUUUACUCACGGCGCUUCUGUGUCAAGCCUACACUACAGUUGUUAUGACGCUAGACCUGUUGUAGACAGUACCUAUCUCCCAGACCAGACGCGACGUUUGUGUGAAGGAAACUUCGAACUCUAUUACAUACUCCAUCGUGUCCUCAAACACUGUACUUGUUUAUGUGCAUUGCACAAUUAAUUAAUCUGUACUUUUGAGUCGGGCAGCAUGUAGCUUCUGUGUGCUUACAUAUGAUCUUAUAAUAUCACCGAAUAGAUUGGAUCUUCCGCGCGAGACUAUUACAAAGAUUUAUUUAAUUUUUAAUUUAGCGAUGCCAUUGCUAGCUACAUCCAAAAAAUAUUUUUGUUACGAGUUGUGAUAGAAUGGUAUCUCGGGACUGAAGAGUCUGUCAAUUAAACUACGGCUGUUCCUCUGAUUUACAAGACAGAUCAUACCUGAAGUUAUCUCAGUAAUAAAGUACAUUUUAUUCUUUAAAUUAGAUGGACAGCCGUUUUUUAUUAAGGACCCUUAAACUUUUAAUGAUUUGAUCUCGAGCCACGGCUCAAUCUUCGCUCGCAGCGGAUAUGCUUUUCUGCUUGACGUAGAUUGACGCGCGUGGUUCCUACAUAGAUUUUAUAAUAUUUUAUCAAAAUAAAAUGUCAAUUGUAUGGGAGGACGAGUUUGCGCUAAAUCGUUUCUUAGGGCUAUUUUCGGAAUCUGAUUAAAUAUGAGUAUGGGCUGUUUUAAAAUGUUCAUCAAAUAGGUACUUAUCACGUAAACGGAACUUAAUCACGUAGAAAUAAAUUUAUUUACUUUUUCGACAAAUCAUCACGAUAAUUAUAAUAACUCGAACAGUAGUGGUGCGAACAACCCGCGCAGCUAGAGCAUGCUAGUAUCGAUAUCUUCUAGCUGAAACUUGGUCCAAUUCCUCGCAAAGUGUGCCUACGACCAAGGCGCAAUUUCAUGUUCUGGAGUCGAAUCGUCAGGAAAAAGCAAGUACCUUACGCGACUAUUUCCUGUUAAAAUAAUGUGCAAAAGUCGUGAAAGGUUAGGUAAGUAUCUCAAUACUUACAUACUUUAUACCUAGUUGGGGUCAAGUAUAAAUUGGAGUACCUACAUACCCACCCAUAGCAACGGGGCAGUAUGAGUUAGGCGCAAGCUCGUCGUACAAGUUUUGUCGGUUGUAUUGUACCCUAGUUGUAUGUUAUAGUAGUUUUAUUUAGCAGGGCUAAACUUUUCGUUACUCGUUGUGUUAAACGGGAUUAAAGUGGUGCAAGUGGAUUCAGUGAACUUAACGAUAAAGACAAUUUAACAAAUUAAUACCUACGAUUAAAAUAAAGUACUAAGACUUUUUUAAAAUCGCUUGGAAGAAGAUUGUAUGUAUAGAUGUAAGGUAGAAUAAGCAUACAUAGAUGUAGUAGGUAUAACAAAUUUUAAGGCAGAAGCCAGCUCUUGAAUUUAAUUUUUGUGUUGUUUAAUCGCGCGUUAUUGACGAUAUUUGUUACGAUGCCCCUUCCGUUCAAAGUGGUGCUUCAACGGAGGCGGUAGCCAGGGCCGCAUGGCCGCAUAUGACAGUAUGUAACUGAGUUUUGUUUGUGUUAUUUACUGAAUUAGCAGGUAUUUAAACUAAAAUCCACUAAGUUUUUUCAGUUUAUCGCAAUACAUUAUAUUAUGUACUAAAUCACUUAUAGGGAGACUUCCACUCGAUAAAAUGGCACGGGUAACGUGCCUACCACAUACCUGUUUUAAAAUAUCACGUCAAUAUGAUUAGUCGAAGUCUCUUCACAUCUAGUUACUUUUGCGGCAAUGAUUCAUUAUGAUUGUCGAGACUUGUAAUUAUUUUUGUUAUGAAAAAACAAACAAAAAAAAAUUACAAAUCUCGAAACUAUGCUUACGAAUUAUCUCGAGCGAGUAAACUUGCUGCCAAGCUUUAAUGGAAAUUUUAAUGCCCCAUUGAUGCUCGACGGCCGAUUUUAGCUUUACCUUCUAUAUAUGCUGUUAUUAUGCAUAUGUAUUAUGUGAAGACAAUAGAAUACCUAACGCAUGCGGUAUUGCCCCCGUUGUAGCACCAUGUUGUGCGCAUAUGGGCUAAAGCGCCGAAGCCCUACCGUGGGCCCUUUUAGUUAUGCUUUUUAAAUUGAAGAAUUUAAAGGCGGCAGGUCGUGAACUUAUUGUAACGUACACAAACUUAUCCGUGAUGACAAUUUUGUUGCAAGUAGUUUUAAUAUCAACCUCCAUAUUUGUCUUUAAAAUAAUUGGAAAAUAAAUGAAAAAUGUCGAGAAUACUUUGUCAACGUUUUUUUUAAUUAUCUGUACACCCUUCAAUAUGCAAUUAUAUAGAUGCAUUAGAAUACGGUACGUGGGACGAGAAAACUACAAUUUGAUCCCCUAAAAUUAUGCCAUUUUUAGGGAAUUGGGGGAACAUUUAGCUAUAUAGUUGGUGGUACAUCCGGAUAGCUUUGUGUCGAAAGUUCAGUUUCCAACAUUAAUCAGUCAUGAAGAACUGACAGGUAUACUCGUACUUGAGGCCGAUUCUGUUUAAAUAAUUGUUAAGUGUUUUAUCUUGUUUUGAUACGAACUUAAGGCGGCCUCCUGUUCUUUUAUGAUACGGUGUACGGUGUGUUAAUUAACAUUCAACGUACACAUUCCGAGACUGCCAUUAAUGUCGGAAACUUUGUUUGUAGCAAUCAUGUGAUGAAUUGAUGAUUUGAUGAAAGUAGAUUUUGUAUGGAUAUUGGUCGACUGUGUCUGUUUUUAUUCAUGUCGUAACCCAAUCACUAUUUGAAUUAAAUGCUCGUUGCCUGAUAAUAGUGAUAACUAAAAAUACCCCAGAGUAACACCUGUUCUAGUUUUUCAGAUGUUAUACUGAAAAAUAACCAGUAUUUAGUUUGUAUAAUUAUUCAGUACUUAUUUAUUAAUUAACCCUAAUUAUCAAUCAGCAGAUAAAAUUCCUAAUUAACUCUCUUACUACGUUAUUGUGCUACUAAGUGCUAUGCCGUAGACCGUAGCCCUAUUUGCCGUUAAGGCUCCGUCACACAUGCACGUUUUGCGAGCGGGGCGUGCCGCUUUUGCAUAUAAAACGCUCACACGCCGUCCGGAAAACGUGCCUAUGUGACGGAAUCUUUACGUAGCGAAGACUGGUAGUUAUUAAAUUUACGGGUGGACAUCCUGGACUUCUCUCAUAUUUGAAAAUACUAUCACUUAUCACUAUCAGGUACCGGUACAAAUCUACUGUUUUCUUAAUUUUGAACCUUAAAUUUAUAACAAUAAAGGUUUUUCAUAGAGGAAAGGUUCAUGUGUAUUUCAAGCUUGGCCUACCGGGCAGCCCGUGGGGCCCGCGGAGCAAUCAGUGAUAUUUUACAAUAAAUUAUUUUGUUUUUAUAUAUUGAAUUAACAAGCGUAAUAAAGAGUGAGCAAUGGCACAUCUUAA